UCUUCCAUGUGUGUGUGUAUGUGUGUGUACGUGUGCUUUUAUCCUCACGUGUUCUGCAUUCUGUACAAAUCCCUGCCGUUGUUAGCUGCGAGCACCUCAAACCACAGCGAGACGGUUCACGGAGGGGGAUUCAUAGGUUCGGCCGAGUGUUGCGCCGCGGAGCCCCAGCCAGGAACGCAUUGUCAGGACAUCUCGCCGGCCAGGUGCGACGCUGCGCUAAUUACAGAAGCGGCCCCAGCAUCCUUCACUCCCCUGUGGGACGCCCCUGAGGUCCUAUCGCGACAAGGGAUCUGUUGUGAGCCUCCCGCGGCCUCCUCAGGACAGUGCGGUUGUUAUCUUAUCGCAUCUACAAGUGGGAGAGAUAAGAGGGAAACCUGAGCGACGCAGGAAAGAGAUGAAAAGAAGAAGGAAAGGUGGGAGGGAAGUCUGCGAGUAAAAGGGUUUGCUGGAGGAGAAAAGGGAAGGUUUUGUGGAAUAGCAGAGUAAAGGGAAUGAAAGGAAAGGAUGUGAUGGAGGUUUAAAUUGUAAUGAG